GAUUAGCUGGCUCUUCGCGGGAAGGAAUUUGUGGCGCCAGUGCAAAGUAGCUACAACGCCGCCACGCCGGAGCGGCAAACACUUCUUAAGUCUUCUUGUUUUCCGUGUCCGAGCUUCUUGGCCUCUUUCUCAGGAAAACUGCGACCAGGAUGUGGAAUAGCGGAUUCGAAAGCUUCAGCAGCUCCUCCUAUGGCGGAGCGGGCGGCUACACGCAGUCUCCCGGUGGCUUCGGGUCACCCACACCGUCGCAGGCAGAGAAGAAAUCAAGAGCCCGAGCCCAGCACAUUGUGCCCUGUACCAUAUCUCAGCUGCUCUCUGCUACUCUGACUGAUGAGGUGUUCAAAAUUGGGGAUGUCGAGAUUUCACAGGUCACUAUUGUGGGAAUAAUCAGACAUGCAGAGAAAGCGCCGACCAACAUUGUCUACAAAAUAGACGACAUGACCGCAGCACCCAUGGACGUUCGCCAGUGGGUUGACACAGAUGAUACCAGUGGCGAGAACACUGUGGUUCCUCCAGAAACAUACGUGAAAGUUGCUGGCCACCUCAGGUCUUUUCAGAACAAAAAGAGCUUGGUGGCCUUUAAGAUCAUUCCUCUGGAGGAUAUGAACGAGUUCACAGCGCACAUUCUGGAAGUGGUCAAUUCACACUUGAUGCUCAGCAAAGCCAACAGCCAGGCCUCUGUAGGGAGACCAUCUAUGAGCAACCCAGGAAUGGGUGAGCCAGGAAACUUCAGUGGGAAUAACUUCAUGCCAGCAAAUGGCCUCACCGUGGUCCAGAACCAGGUGCUGAAUUUGAUCAAGGCUUGCCCAAGACCUGAAGGAUUGAACUUCCAGGAUCUCAGGAGCCAGCUCCAGCACAUGCCUGUAGCCUCAAUCAAGCAAGCAGUGGAUUUUCUAUGCAACGAGGGCCACAUUUACUCUACAGUGGAUGACGAUCACUUUAAAUCCACGGACGCAGAGUAACGAGCUCUGGGAACUGACAUCCCGCGGGGCUGUCGUCAUCUGUUCUUCCCAGCUCUGCAGGUUUUGGACAGAAGUUCCCUGUAGACGGUCUCAGCUGAAGUCCUUUUGGAAUGCAUUGCUCUCUGUUUUGUCACUUAUUGUUUAGAGGUUCAAAAGGAGAUAGGCAGUUGAGAAAGAAGUAAACUGGGCAGGAUUUCUUAAGAGAAAUUCCGAUAAGCUAGUCAGGACUCCAGACGGAUGGUGGGAAUGGAAGGAGGACCAGCGGAGCAGAGCAGACCGCGUCAUGCUUGGGAGCCUCUGUUCUUGAAAGGCUUCCGUCGAGAACGAACCAUACUAGGGCCAAGGGCCCAAGAAGAACCUACCUUCCUUCCCCUUGUCCUGCCUGCAGUUGAAAGGUUUAAAUGAGCUUGAGGUUCUGUGCGAAGGCCUCAUUGGGCAGAGAGGAAGAAAUGUUACUGUGUUUGUAAUAUAAAUGUUCAUAUGUUUGAUAAAACAGUUCACUUGUAAUAGCU